GGAAGUGCUGCUACACGUGUUUUUAUGGCUGUGUCUUGUAGCUGGUGUGCUCAGUAGUGAAGCACAGCUUAGUUCAAUACCAUUAGUUAGUUAGGUUUUCUUGAUCCAACCAACCAACACAAUGUCGGGAGCCAAAGGCAGAAUGCGACAGAAGAAAAUGAGAAAUCAGCCAAGUAACGUGACUUUCUCUGAGUGUCGUGAAAGCACAGGUCGGAGUUCUGAUUGUGUGCAGCAGCAGCACAUGAGGGGGCCACAAGAGCACCAAAGCAGCAGGAUGAAGGGGAAUCAGGAUAGACAUGAGCAGGCACUGCCUACAUACAUCACUGCAUCACUCUUUGCCAAAGCUCGAGCUGCAGAAGUCAGUGCCAUGUUGAGGGCUGUCACAAAGACGACAGGUAGCUCUCAUGUAUUUGGAGCUCUGCCGAAGCACAUGCGCCGAAGAGCCAUGAGCCACAACACCAAGAGACUGCCGUGCCGACUUAGAGAGAUGGCACAGAGAGUGUUGGAGAAGAGUCAGCAGGCAGGCAAGAAAGAGAAAAAGGAGCAGUCAAAGACUAAAAGUCGGCGUGCCCGCCGCCGCCAUGGUAGCUUGUUGCUGGAGUUCAACCGACGUCAGCGUAAAAAUAAAUGGUUAGAGACUCAUAUCUGGCAUGCCAAGCGUUUUCAUAUGCUGAAGAAAUGGGGCUACUGUCUUGGAGAUAGACCCACUUACAAGUGCUACAGAGCCAGCUAUAGGGCCAUGAAUUCUGGCUGUUUGCUGCAGGACCUCUCAUACUAUUGUUGCUUGGAGCUCAUUGGUCCAGAGGAACAACUACUGAAUGCACUCUCCAGGCUCACUAACAAAGACGCAGGCCCAACUUUUGCAGCAGCAUCGUGUGUGUCAGGGCAGAAAGAGGGGAGAGUUAUGCUUUACAAGGCUGAUCAUUACCCUCACCAGCCUCUGGGCCCUGUGCACUUUCUCUGGAGGCCUUGCUGUAAUACAUCACCUCACAGACAGCUGUGGAUCUGGGCACAUCCCUCCCUAAAACAGGAUAUUCUACCAGAAUUGCAGGCAGUGUGCCAGAGUUUUGAGGCAGUGGCUCCUGCUGUUGUGGAAGCUGUCCCCAUAGAGAAGCUGGCAGAAAAACCACCUACAUCUUCUGACGGAAUCUGUAAGCCAAAGUGUACCAAAAGGAAGAGGAAACGUGAAGCUGAAAAUAAGGACUAUCCUGCCAAAAAAAUUGUGGGUGAUGGCACUCGCUCACUUACGACUCCUGUUAGUUGGGUGUCUUGUAAGACUGAGAUUGUGAUCAGUGAUCUCUCCAUGGAAAUAGUACGGUAUCGUCUAAUAGGUCCGCUCUCCCACUCUGUGCUAUCUGAGAUACUUGUACCAGCAACUCAGUGUGAGAAUAUUAACAAAUCAACUGCAUCCCCUUUCUGGUGGCCAGAGGCGUGUAAGGAAGAGGAUACCAUGUCCCUACAUCGCCAGCAAGCAGAUGUUUUUCAGCUGCUGAGGGGUAUAGACGCUACGGCUGAGCUCCCGGCAGGGUGUGUUCUAGGGCUGACUGUAGACGACCCAAGACUGUCUUUGUCUGUGAAAAAGAGAAACGCUCCACCAGACCUUCAUUUGUCCCAAGGUGUUGAUGAAGAACAAAGAAGAAAUUUGAUACUUAGAGGAGUCCCUUCGGUGUGUGCUCAGAGUGCUCUAUGGGACAAGUCUCUCAGAGAGAAUGUUACAAGCAAUAAGAUUUCAGAACAGGAUCUAAACAGGAUGAAGAGGGAGUUAUUAGUUCCAGGCUCCAGGUUGCCAACCCCUGCACAAGGCCGAGUGCCAAUUCUGCUGGUUAACCAGGCAGGAAAACAGCUGGGAGAGGAGCGGCUCGGAUGGGGGUCCGGUUGGGACUUGCUUUUGCCCAAGGGUUGGGGCAUGGCAUUUUGGACACCUUUGGUGUACUCUGGUGUACGUGUUGGGGGUCUCCAGAUGAGUUUAAAACACUUCCAGAAUAGAAGCAUGCCCCACUUUCCCCAUGAUUACCCAGACUGCCCUGCAGGUGUCCUCUUCCAGGAGCAGCAGGAGAUUGAACUGCUGGAAAAGUUUAAGAGGUACCCGCCUUCCAAACGGACAAACUACAUCAAAUAUGGCUGUGUGGCUCCUUUCCGAUGCCUCUGGCAACAGCUGGUAGAGGAAUGGGAGGAGAAAGUGAAACAACAUGAAGACAUACAAGACACCAAGACAAUUCAAAUGAAAGAUGUGCCAUCACUCUCAGGAGAAAGCCUAAACCCAGCAUCUGCUUUAACUGUACUGAGGAGCCGUAAGGUGCUGAGGCAGUUGUCAGUCUGGUGUCGCCCAUCUUCCUCACGGACUCGGAGAGCACAGAUUGCUCGCUGUGCCUUGCCAUUGUGCCCUGCACUUGCUGUGUCUCUACAGGAACAGUGGAAGCAGUGUAUUUUGUGGGUGCGUGUGUGCGUUCUUAGUAAGGGGCGGCCUGCGCUUCAUGCCAUGCUUUGUGUGCCAACAACUGAAGACUUGCAACACUUGCGUGAUGACCCCCAGUGGAGUGGCCCAAAUGAACCGCAACACGCAGACCACAUAAAGCUCCAGCUGAAAAGGAGAGGCAAGAAAGGUGAAGCUGCACUGAGCUGUUCUGGUAUAAAGAAAGAACAAGACUGCAACAUUCCUCAAAAGGAUGACCCUAGCCCUGAUCUUGUAUGUAUUAAUCAACACUCUGGAGCUUCUGUUAUGCUCAGAGAUUCUCUUUCUGAGCCCAAUGCAUCAGUAACUACAGAUCCUGGCCAUGUAUGUGUUGAGUCUCUUUCCAAACCCACUUUAAUACAAGGAUUAUGGACUGAAAGUCUGCCUAAUAUAUCAUCUCACUGUACCCGCAUGACAGUAGGCUGGGUGGUACAGGGUGAUUUCUCCCUGGCAACAGGAACUGGGGAGGCUUUAGGGUUUGUAAGUAUGGUGGGCCUCCUACAAAUGCUUCUCAUGCAAUCGGCAGAUCAGCGGGGCGUCGUGCUUCUGCGUAAUCCCACCUCACUCCAGUACCGCUUUGCAAGACUCCAUAUAGAAGCAUGAAGCACUGCUUAGUCACUAUAUCACUAAUCCCUGAAUGGAUCAGCAUCAAUGCCUAAAGUUUAAUCGAGUGUACUAAUACAAGUCUACAUCUAAGCUCUUUUUUUCCCUCCUGCAUAUUAAGGCCUUUGAAAUUUCUUUUUGGAUACAGGCUACAUUUAAUCUGAUAGUUGAUAAGUUAAAUUCGGUUUAAGGUUCAUUUAACCUAAUAAAUAAAAAAUAAAAAAUUAUAUAUAUAUUUUUUCCACAGGUAUCAUCUGGACUGAUGUAAUGUAUUGAAACAUCUGAUUUGUUGAACUUGUUUUCAUAAUGUUUUGAUUUUUGAGUAAAAGUUUAAUACUGGCAAUAUCAAUAAAAUUGUUGCCAUUCCUGUAAAUAUUAACUUGCACUGAAUUGUAUUUAAAUUUUUAUUUUGAGAUCCGUGCAUCCAGAUAAGAUUCUCAUUAAAAUUAUAUUUCAACAA